GGGGCCUUUAGAGAAAUGCACAUUUGAGUUCCCAGAUUGAGGCUGAAAACUAUCUUUGGUUUGGCAUUCAAUAAUCCAUCCUAAUCCCAUCGCAUGUUGAGAAAUUAGUUUAGGACUUCAUUAAUAGGAGACAAUUUAGUCAAUAAAUCAGUAGAGCAUCUGGAUAGACAGGUUGCAAAGUUAUCAAGUAUACUCAUCCAACUCUACUAUGUUGAAUAACAGAUUGCACUUUGAAAUUGUUCCUAAUGCUUAUGCACCUUCUUCUAUAAAUAACUGAUUUCCUUAUCAUUUCCCCCUUUUGAACUUUGUCUUCAUGAAAGGUCCUCCUUUUUCAGUUGUGGGCACCUGUCGAAAUAAUGCUUUAGUUCUUGUAUACAAGAUCAAUAACACUUUAGUGCAGACAAAGCAUUUCUCAACUCUAUCAUGCAUGCUUGGGUUGCUAAUGAUCUGAGUCACCACAAAAUAGUGGAUAUCCUACCCUGAAUCGUCUCCUUUUUCACAAUGUCCCUUCCAUCAUAUUCAUUGUUCUGACUUCUUCUAAUAUCCAUUCAAGCUCCUUUGUGACACCAUGCUCUUCUGAUACAGGUGAUUUUUUCUCUGUAUUGAGAGAUCUCAAAAGUAGUAAUACAAGUUAUAACCAUGGCAUAUUGGAGCUUCAGGGAGAGAUUUAAUGUGCUUGCAGUUAGCUAAAAUGAAGACCACACAGGAUCUACAAAACACAACUGAGAAACAAUCUUCAACUCAGGCUUCUCAUGAGGCCCAAAGUGACCAGAAGAACAAUACAACGGAUACACCUGUAGCAGAUUCAGGUUCAGUUUCUGCAUCAGGCAAUGACAACCGGAAAGUUUCACGUGAAGAUAUUGAGCUAGUCCAAAACUUGAUUGAACGUUGCUUACAGUUGUAUAUGAAUAAGGAUGAAGUGGUUAAAACACUUCUUAAUCGUGCAAGGAUAGAUCCCGGAUUUACAACUCUUGUUUGGCAAAAACUGGAAGAGGAAAAUGCAGAUUUCUUUCGGGCCUACUACAUUAGGCUUAAACUGAAGAAACAAAUCAUCUUGUUCAAUCAUUUGCUUGAGCACCAAUAUCAUCUGAUGAAAUAUCCUGUGCCUCUGAAGGUUCCAUUGACUCCAAUGCAGAAUGGGAUAAAUUCCAUGCCAGUCAACAACUUACCCAUGGGAUACCCCGUCCUACAACAACCUCCACAUCCGGCUGCAGGUCAACCUCAUUUUGAUCCGAUGGGCAUGUCCAGUUGCCAUGUGGUUAAUGGUGUUCCUGCACCAAGCAACUAUCAUCCAAUGCAAAUGAAUUCUGGAAAUGAUAUGGUGGUAGAAACGAGUGCAUCCGAUGUAGCACCAGCUGUUCCACCUAGCAAUGCCAUGUCUGAUAUGCCUGUAAGUCCUGCAUCAGUAGCUUCCAGUGGCCACUUCCCCUUCACUGCUUCAGAUAUUUCAGGGAUGGGAAUUGACACAUCAGCGCUUGACUCUUCGUUCCCAUCUGAUGUAGCAAGUUCAGUAGGAUUGCAACUUCCGCCAGAUAACGGAGUUGGUAAUUCUAGAGAUUUGCUGAGAUCCUUGGAUCAGAUUCCUUGGGAUUUCAAUCUUUCGGAUCUAACAGCAGACUUGUCAAACUUGGGAGAUUUAGGAUCUCUAGGAAACUAUCCUGGUUCCCCAUUUUUGCCUUCCGAUUCAGAUAUUCUGCUUGAUUCUCCAGAACAAGAAGAUAUAGUUGAGGAGUUCUUUGUUGAUGUUGACGCUGCUUCAGGGCCUGCAGCAUGCCCUCAAUCGGAUGAAGAGAAGUCCUAGUUUAAGUUGACACGAACACAUGCUUAAUUCCAUAGCCAGAAUAAGGAGUUUGGUGUAAAAUGAUCUGAUCAGCUAAGAACAUCGAUUUACCUGUGGUAGGUAUGUCUGUGUAGUUAUUAACCCAACUUUUCUGGUGCCCAUGACUUACCCUUCUACUUUAUACGAAGUUGGAAAGGCAAAGUUACCGCGCUUUAAUCUUAUACUGAUCGAGUUACACUAUUUUAUACUGAUCGAAUUACACUAUUUUCUAUUCUAAUAGAUUUCACUUCCCUUG